ACGAGUGAGGCGCCUCCCCUUUAGUGGCACACGUAGGGUGACGUGACGACGUAAACACGCGCGGGUCCCCUGGUUACGGGUUUCUCUUUCACAUUUUCCUCCACCCCGCAGUCCAUGACAACAGCAGAGAUGGCGGAAUCCCGUGCAGCAGCAGCAGCAGCAGCAGCAGCAUCCACCCCGGCGCCUUCUCCGGCCCCCAGUCCGGGCUCCGAAAACCUGUCCUCUUCGCUUACCCCGUCUGGGGCCGGUUCUCAGCGCCUGCUCUUUUCACACGACCUGGUCUCCGGGCGGUACCGCGGGUCGGUCCGGUUCGGCCUGGUGAGGUUGAUCCAUGGCGAGGAGGAUUCGGACACAGAUUCGGACUCAGACACCGGCGGAGGCGGAGGAGGCGGCGGCGGUAGCUCAGACACAGAGAGCGGCCGGGCGGACUCUCGGGCUCGGCUUCUUGGAAGGGGUUAUGUGAGGGUGCAGUGGUACCCCGAGGGGGGCAAACAAGACGUCCGGGAAACCAAGCUAAAAUUAGAAGAUCGCUCAGUUGUUCCUCGAGACAUGGUGCGACGCAUGGGCCCGAAUGAAAGCCAAUGCGGAACGGUAGUGGACAUCAAUAUUAAAUGUGCCGUGAAGCUCGUGGGGACUAACUGUGUUCUGUACCCAGUGAACAGCAGAGAUCUGCAGCACAUCUGGCCAUUCAUGUAUGGUGACUACAUAGCCUACGAUUCAUGGCUCGGAAAAGUCUAUGACCUGAAGAACCAUAUUAUUCUGAAGCUGUCAAAUGGAGCCAGGUGCUCAAUGAACACAGAAGACGGUUCAAAGCUUUACGAUGUCUGCCCCCACGUCAGUGACUCGGGUCUUUUCUUCGACGACUCGUACGGGUUUUAUCCUGGCCAGGUGCUGAUCGGCCCCGCCAAGGUGUUCUCCAGCGUGCAGUGGCUAUCCGGGGUCAAACCAGUCCUCAGUAAGAAGAGCAAGUUCAGAGUGGUGGUUGAGGAGGUGCAGGUGGUGGAGCUGAAGGUCACGUGGAUUACAAAGAGUUUCUGUCCAGGGGGAGCUGAGAGCGUGUUUCCUCCAGCCUCAGUCAUCACCCAGGAAAACCUGUGCAGGGUAAAGCAUUUGGGUUACUAUGACCAUGCUCAGUGGCUGCUGGGAGAGAGAUGUCUGUACGUCUUCCCAGCUAAAGGAGAUGUGACCCAGAUAACUUGUGAAGGGCCAGAGGGGACUACUAUCUUACCGGACGGCUCGGUGGCCAAAAAGGUAAAGAGACUGCUGAAGAAAGAGAUUGGGAAGAAGACUACAAGCGUGGCGGACAGUCAGGCCUCAGGGGGCCAGCCUGCAGAAGAUACGGAAGAGAAACCUGAAGAAGGGGAUGGGAAGCUGGGAGAGGAUCAGGUGAACGGAGUGACCCAGCCGGGCUGCACUAACAACGGGCCGGUGCUGGGGGAGGUGAGGCAGGCCGCGGCGGACCUGUGGGUCCAGUCGGUGGAGCAGGACGCGGAUGACGAGGCCGCGGAGGACACAGAUGACACGAGCUCGGUCACUUCGUCCGCGAGCUCCACGGCUUCCUCCCAGAGCGGCCGCAGGAAGAGUAUCCCCCUCUCCAUCCGCAACCUCAAGAGGAAACACAAGAAGAAGAACAAGAAGAUCUCCCGCGAUCUGAAACCGGGGGACAGGAUUGCAGUGGAGGUCGUUUCAACAGAGACGUCCGCCGAUGUGAUGUGGCAGGACGGAACGCUGGAGACAGAUAUCCGAUCCAACGAGCUGUUACCCAUCCAUCAUCUGGACAACAACGAGUUCUGCCCGGGGGAUUUUGUUGUUGAUAAACGCUCUCAAGCACCUCAAGACCCAGGCAUGUAUGGGGUGAUCCAGUCUGGUGAUCACAAAGGUCGAACCUGCGCUGUGAAGUGGGUUAAACUGAAGCCAAGCGGUGAUGAUGUGGAGGUAAUCCGAGAAGAGGAUGAUGUCAGUGUGUAUGACAUUGCAGACCACCCUGAUUUUCAUUUCCGAACCACUGACAUCGUCAUCAGGAUAGGGAAUGCAGAGGAGGCUCUGGCUGUUGACAGGGAGAAUGAGCCCUCGGUGGGACAGGUAGCACGCGUCGAUGUCAGCAGCAAAGUGGAGGUGGUGUGGGCAGAUAACUCCAGGACCAUUGUACUGCCUCAGCACCUGUACAACGUGGAGUCUGAGAUCGAGGAAUCUGACUACGACUCUGUGGAAGGCAGCAGCAGCGGAGCCUCUUCGGAGGAGUGGGAGGACGAGAGUGACAGCUGGGAGACGGACAACGGGGUGACCGAGGAGGACCACCCAGGUGAGUCCGCCCCGGCCCCCACUCCCACCGCGCUCCCCGAGGAGGAGCUGCAGGGAGCUGUGGGAGCCGCCGCCGCCGCCAUUGCAGAGAAGCUGCCCAAAGAGGGCACCCCCAGGGUCUUUAAGGAGCUGAAGGAGGCCAUCAAGAUCCUGGAGAGCCUGAAGAACAUGACGGUGGAGCAGCUGCUGACCGGCUCGCCCACCUCCCCCACCGUGGAGCCCGAGAAGCAGACCAAGGAGAAGAGGUUCCUGGACGACAUCAAGAAGCUGCAGGAGAACCUGAAGAAGACACUGGACAACGUGGCCAUCGUGGAGGAGGAGAAGAUGGAGGCCGUGGCAGAGAUGGAGGAAAAGGAGGAGAAGAGCCAGGAGCCCCAGACCCCCGUCCGCUCCGAGUGGCCCAGCGACACCCCCGUGCUCUGCCAGCCAAGCGGGGGGAAGCCGGGGGUCACCUUCACCAGCGCCAAGGGAGAGGUCUUCUCAGUGCUGGAAUGGGCUCCAGAUAGCCACGCGUUUAAGAAAAUGGAAUUCCAGCCGGCAGAGGCUAAGAAAUUCUUCAGCACAGUGAGAAAGGAGAUGGCACUCCUAGCAACAUCUCUCCCUGACGGCAUCAUGGUCAAAACCUUUGAAAGCAGAAUGGACCUCUUUGCGGCGCUGAUUAAAGGCCCGACGCGCACCCCGUACGAGGGUGGGCUGUUCCUUUUUGAUAUCCAGCUGCCAAACAUCUACCCUGCGGUCCCACCGCUGUUCCGGUACCUGUCCCAGUGCAGCGGCCGGCUCAACCCCAACCUGUAUGACAACGGCAAGGUGUGCGUCAGCCUGCUGGGCACCUGGAUCGGGAAGGGGACGGAGAGAUGGACGAGCAAAUCCAGCCUCCUUCAAGUGCUCAUUUCUAUACAAGGGCUGAUCCUGGUCAACGAGCCAUACUACAACGAGGCCGGCUUCGACAGCGACAGGGGUCUGCAGGAGGGCUACGAGAACAGCCGCUGCUACAACGAGAUGGCCCUGAUCAAGAUGGUCCAGUCCAUGACCCAGCUGCUGCAGAGGCCGGUGGAGGUCUUCCAGCAGGAGAUCGGGGAACACUUCUCUGCAAGCGGCUGGCGGCUGGUGCACCGCAUCGAGACCUGGCUGGAGCUCAACGAGCUGGCUGAGCGGAGCCUGGGCCACAGGGAGUGCAGCAGGACCCCGGAGCCCAGGGACGACCUCUCCGCGCCCGCUGCCUGCUCAGAGGCCAAGGAGGAGGAGCUGGAGGACUCCGGCCUGGGAGCCUGUACCACCUCCCCCCAGGAGACCAGCCAGCAUUCGGACUCUGAGGGUGCCGGCCAGGCCAGGGCAGCGGAGGGGGGUGCUGCAGCGGCAGGACCGGGGGAGCUGAGGGUGUCCCAGGACUCUGCAGGGGGCCAGCCCAGCGUCAAACCAAAGAAGAGGAGAAAGAGCUACCGGAGCUUCCUGCCGGAGAAGAGAGGAUAUCCAGACAUCGGCUUCCCUCUCUUCCCACUCUCCAAAGGAUUUAUUAAGAGCAUCAGCGGGGUCCUGCAGCACUACCGCGCUGCCUUGGCUGCUGCUGGGAUACCGGAGAGGAGAGAGGACAAAUAACGAUGGGCAUCGCACCUUUGCACCCUCCCUCUCCAACUGCCCCACAACCAACACCACCCCAAUACAACUGCCUCCUUUCAUCCCUCUGCCUCCCCUUUAAAUCAGUGUUCUCCAGCAGUCAGGGUUAUACAUACGAGCCCAGGCUCAUAUUCCCAUUAAAUAUAACCUGCAGUACAAACUGCAAAAGAUUUUAAUCAGAUUUUUUUUAUGCUCUUGCUAGAGUUAUAAUAGAGCCUAAUAAAUGCAGUUCAAAAAGCAGCCCUAAUUUACGCAAGCCCCUGAUGCUUGGGGAGGGAGAGUGGUCCCCGUUAUAAAGCACACUGAUGAACAGUGAUAGUGCCAAGACUGUUACUCAUGUGUGUGCUCACAAGCACUCUCCAAACUGAAUAUUAAUUAAUCCAAUUUAAAAAUAAUACAGUAAUAUAUCUAAAAGGGUUUGCACAAAAAAAAAAAACUGUCAAGGCAAAGUCUUAAUGAUAUUAAAAAUAAUAAUAAUACAAAAUUAGAAGUGUCAAAUAAAAACAUUUAAUUAAUGUCAUUAAUUCUGUUUGUGUCCUGAACCAGGAGCAAGUGAGCUUAAACAUGAUAUUAUUAUUAUUAUUAUUAUCAUUAUUAUUAUUAAUAAUGUAUAGCUGUGUUCCGUAGCACUCCUGUGCUGCACACAACACAGCCAAUUCCAUGAAGGAUUCAAUCAUUGCAUUCGUGUUUCGAAAACAAACCCAUUGUCCUGAAGGAAAAGAACGAUGUGGGCUGAGAAUGUUUCAGAGUAAAGUCCUUCUGUUUCAAACCGCUUUGAAGAUGUCAGUGAUUUUCACUGUAUUUAGGCAGGUUGCUCACUGUAUUAGAAGUGUCCCAUGCAGCCCCUGUCUUAUGGCAUUUCUAGAACAGAGCUAAUAAUUCAAUCCCAGGUCUCCAGAAGGGCAAGGCCAGUGCACAGUACAUGGGGAUUUCUACUGCAGUGGGCAAGCAGGCAUGAUGAGAAUAGGCAGCGUUGUACAAACAUCCUGCAGGAGAUGGACUGUACUGGGAAACCUUGACAGCGACAACAACACAACACUGGUGUGUGUGAAGAGUUUACAUGUGAACUGUCUGUAACUGGCUCAAUAAACUUGAAACUUAGAUUCCAUUAAGAAACAUAAUAAUAAUAAUUGGGUGCAUGGAUGUGUAUUCUGCUAUUUAUUUUUAAUCUAAUCUACUGGCUUGAUAACCUCAGACCAGCCUUUCUGCCGAUUUGUAGCUCUUGGCACGGGAGCAAAGCGCUUGGAUUUCAAGUGCACUGAAUAGUUUCUCAGUUUGAUGGGAGGUGCUGGGGUGUACACCUGGGUGCAGGAUCCCCAUUAGCAUGCAUGCUCACUAACAGGGCAUCAGGAUCCUGAUUUGAAGCUGCUGCUGCUGCUUUCAAUGAAUAAGCCUCUUGUCUGUAAGCUUCAGGGUAUGUUCAAUAGCAACCAGAAUAAAAAUGUAACCUUCAUUUGGCGAAUGAUGGGCAGGAUCUGAACACAAUUGGCUUCAUGGCUGAUGUAUCCUACCAGCUGAGCCAGUGGCUACAGUGCAUCCAGCCUGUUUAUUAAUCUGGUGAGCACAACCUGGCACGCUUCAAAAGGGUUCCUGCCACAUCUCUUCUGUGUACUUCAUAUUAGCAGAAUUGUUUGGAGUGUGUGUUUGUGUGUGUGUGUACCUUUUAAACAAGAUGACCAAAAUAGAUCCUCUAUCUAUCUAUAUGCGCGCUCUCUCAAUAUCAUAUCAUCUGAAAUGAAUGGAUCCGAUAUCAGUUACAUAAGCUUGAAAACAGGGAUGAAACAGGUUUACAGGCUUGACAGUCAGUUUAUUAACCUCUCGAGAGCCUGUCUGGGGGAUGAUGCCGCCUCACAUUUCCCCAGUUUCACAACUGGAAGAGGGGGGAUCGAAGCACAACCCAGCUCUCCUGGUUCCCAGUCUAGCAUGAACAUCGCUGCCACAAUAAUAUCCAGCUGUCGUAGCAGAGAGGGUGGGUGUGGAUGUGGGUGGGAGGUUAUUUCUUGAAGAAAUAAGUGAAUUCAAAAGUAUCAGGACUUUUAUUGGACUGACACAAACAAGCAUGUGAAACUGAAGAAGAGACCCCUUUUCCAUUCACACCUUGGAAGGGAUUCUUCAGUGUCGAAAGUUGAAAUGCUGGGAGUUGUAAUGUGCUCAGUUCCAUAAAAGAGUAGUUUUUUUUAAUUGCAUUAGUGUCUGACUGGCCCGUCGAUCUUUCUUCAAAUGCGACGUUGUGUUGGUCUGAUCUUAUUUGCUGCCUGUAAGCCUGGGAUUUAUUUAUUUAUUUGUUCUUCAUUUUGGCUGCUAUGCCCAGACACCUGUGUUUUUUUUUUUUUUGCAGCUCCAGACUAUUUCUAUAGACAAUGUGAAGCUAGAGCUGAAAAGAAUCGAUGCACACAAAGCUAAGUAAUAGUCCUUGUGUCUGUGCAUAAUAUGUAAAAUAAGCAUCAUUUAAAGGUACAACCAAAGCAUGAAACUUGUUGCUUCAAGCCUUAGAAAUGGCUACGCAGACAAAAGGACUGUGUGCUGUAAACGUUUCACACAGUGGCCUGUUGGGCUACCCAAUUAAAAUAGUUCGUAGCCUGAUUCCUCUGUACAGAAGUCAGAAUUAUACAAGAAAAGUACAAAAAAAUGUUGACGUGAUAAUGUGAAAGCUUGAGUGUUCUUGUGUAUAAAUUGCUGUGUGUUUUGUUAUUUUUUUUUUUACAUGCCAAUGAUUUUGGUUGCAUUACAGAACAUGUGUAAGAAAAAAAGAAAGUAAUACAUUAAAGUGUGCUCUGUAAGCCGAA